AUGGAUCUUAUUGAGAAGUUCGUGAAAGGACAAGGGAAAGGGGGACAGGCGGUGAAUAAAACGUCGAAUAAAGUAUUCCUACAACAUGCGCCUUCUGGGCUGUCUGUGGAGUGCCACGCCACGCGCAGCCUUACCUCCAAUCGAAGCCAGGCCAGGAAGCUUCUACAGGACAAGUACAACAGUAUCUACAACCCAAGCGAGUCGAAAACUAUAAAGAAAAUAGAGAAGCUGCAAAAGACAAAGAAAAACGCUGCAAAAAAGACCAAGAGAAAGUACGCAUCCAUCUCUCACAACGACAUCGAGGAGGUGUAA